CGUUCAUAUUAUUUAUUUAUUUUACAAACCUUUGCCAUGUCAAGUAAAGUGUGUCAUGUAGAUUUGGACUGAUUUAAACCCUGUACAAUGGGGUAUCUGUGUGUGUGUGUGUGUGUGUGUGUGUGUGAGACAGUAUUAUCAGAGUGAGUGGUGAAUGUAGAAACACUGGUCCUCCAUCCUGACACUCAGCUCCUUUGGGUUAUUGACUGAAAGCUCUGUUUCUUUGUGCUGCUGCUUUGACCCCGGUUGGACUUUCGCUUCUGGACACUGUGUAAACUGAUUAAAAGCCAAAAAAAAAAAGUAAUUAGUAAACUUGUUGGAACUGGAACCUGGUGCUCUUGGGGAGGAGGGGGGGUGGAGUUGUCCGGCACGCAGCACUUGGGCUGAAGUGAAGCGCUCUGGACGCUCUGGAAGGACGGACAAUGAGGGAAUGGUGCAGAGCCGGAGUGUCCUGCUGAUUCGGUGUGGAAUAAUGGCGCUGUGGCUGCUCUUACCGGUCACUCUGCCUCUCACCACCAUCUCAGGAGCGUGGAUCAUAUAUACCAUGGCUGUGGAACACCAGCACGUCUGCCCCAUAUAUAACUGGGUGUAUAACGCGUCUUGUGAGGAGCCUCUGGUGAAGCAGAGUAAACAGUUUCUCUGCUGCACUCUGGAUGAUGUUCCUCUCAUCAGUAAAUGUGGCGUGUUGCCUCCAGAGAGUUGUUGGUUCAGUCUCCUCUGCAGUACUGGAUCGUUUAUGUUGAUGCUGAUUGGUCUGCUCCGCUACGCCCAGGUGAUGGAGCAGCAGAAGCAGGACAGCGUGUUGAAUCUGAUUGGACUCUGCUCAGGCUGGCUCUGUGCUGCAGGACUCGGCAUGGUGGGAAACUUCCAGGUGGACUUUGCUAAGGUGCCUCAUUAUGUGGGAGCGAUUCUAGCUUUUCCAACCAGUCUGCUGUUUGUGUGUGUGCAGACGAUCCUGACUUACCGUCUGGUGAAAACACACACACACUGUAGAACCGCCCACAUCCGACUGACUCUCAGCCUGCUCGCCCUCAUCACACUCGUUCUCUGUGGUGUGUUUUUCUCACAGGACAGCUUCACCCUGCAGCACUCCGCCGCCGUGUGCGAGUGGCUCUUCAUGAUGGCCGUGCUGCUCUUCUACGGCACCUUCGUCAUGGAGUUUCACAUGGUGUCUUCACACACUUUGGUGGUUCUGAUCCAGAGAGGAGAGCGACAGGGAGUUCCUCAGAAUAAACAAGAGAGGGCUUAAUGGCUUCGGGUUAGGACUCAGGUUUGAUCUGAAGGAGAGCUGAAGAAGCAUGGAUCAGCUGCAGGUCUUCUUGGACUGGACUUCUUGGAGUAAACAUGGAGAAUGCAAGCUUUGGGGCUUUGAUGAGGGAUCUGGAUGAAAGCAGUAAAAGAAACCUUCUUGUUGGAGACUGUUUGAAGUUCUUCCUGCUCAUAAUAUACAGUACAUCUAAAUAUACUUCAGCAUUAUGACCUGUAAAAGUUUCCAUAUUUUUAAAUCCUAAACGUUCCCAGUUUGUAGCACAGGGGUGUCCAGUCUUAUCCAGAAAGGGCCGGUGUGGGUGCAGGUUUUCAUUCCAACCAAGCAGAAGCUACACCUGAUUCCAACUGGCUAAUCAACUGAUCUUGGCUUUCAGUGGACUCAGGUGUGGCUUUCUGCUCAGUUGGAAUGAAAACCUGCACCCACACCGGCCCUUUGCGGAUAAGAUUGGACACCCCUGUUGUAGCAUAAAGAGCUGGUUUAAUAAACAUUAGGGUACACAUGAUGCCCUCAGGUCAUCCUCAAAAAUUCCUGAGUACAGAAUCUGAGGCGGUCAUUACGACUUGCUGUAUACCAAAGCAAUUUCUGUCAGGAAAACUUUUUCUUUCAUCAAUGACAAUUUAAUUGAAUUUGUUUAGCUUUACUGAAAGAAACUGAAGAACUGAAUAGUUAGCAUGCUACACUAUUGCUUAAAUCUUCCCACCAAUCAAGAGCAGAGGUGACGCUCCUGUGCCGUGACGUCAUCAAAACAGAGAAGAGUGCUAUAUUUAUGUCCGCUGUCUGUAAAGACGAGUUUUAAAAAUGUUUAAAUGACCAAAUAAACAGAUAUUUAUA